CGCGACUGUGCUUGCUUUAACUGAUUGUGCUAAAUACUGCAGGAAAUGGGCGUCGUGAAAAUUGGGCCGUGGGGCGGCGAAGGGGGCCGUGAAUGGGACAUCCCGGCGGCGAUGCCGCGGCCGCACCGCCUGGAAGCCAUCACCGUCUGCAGCAGCCUCGCCGUCGUGGACGCCAUCUCCUUCGCCUACAGGGACGAGCAAGGCCGGCGGCACCACGUCGGGCCGUGGGGAGGGAAGGGCGGCGACCCCUACGUCAUUCGCCUCGAGCCGUCGGAGCUCCUGACGGAGGUCUCGGGGACGUUCGCCUACGUCGGCACGCAGCCGACGGACGCCGUGACGUCGCUCACCUUCGUCACCAGCCUCAGGAAGCACGGGCCUUUCGGGGAUGUGGACGGGACGCCCUUCAGUGUCCCCGUGCUCGACGGCGGCAGCAUCGUCGGUCUGUUCGGGCGCGACUGGGCUUACAUCGACGCCAUCGGGGUCUACGUCCGUGCCGGCUGAUGCAUACUCCAACUUUAGUUUCGCCUAUCCGUUCAUUCGGACAUUGCAUGAAUUAGCUGCAGCGAGCAGAUACUGAAAAAAUAAGAUUGAUUAUUAAACAGCAGUGACAUCUACAGUGCAAGAAAUUCAGUUUUUUGCUAAUUUUUCGAAGUCCAAGUGGUGAUUUUUGGAAUUUUUCACAGUUCUAGCACGAGCUAUGACAGGUAGGGAUCUUCUAUCAUGGCUACUUAUCCACGGAAGAAAAAUGGUGGCACUUCUGACAGAAAAUCUCUCAUGUAUGAGAACCUUGUGUAUAACCUUUUGUGCAGUAAAGA